AUGCAAGACUCGGCACUGGAAGCAAGUACAGCCAGGUACCGGGGCCGCGCUCUCGCUCCACUCCGCAUUUCCUCCGCGGGGGACGGGUUGGGGUUGGGGUUGGGGGUUGGUUGGCCUUGGGCUAGCCCAGGGAGCGCGUCGCGGGCGGACCCGAAUGGCCAGGAGUUGGCCAAUGGGAGCAAAGGACGGGCUAUGACUCACACUUUGGAGCGGUUCAAAUGCGCGCUUGACUUGAUUAGGACUAGCCUCUGUGUCGGCAGGAACCGCUCGCAUAAGUCUUCAAAUAAUCCAAUCAGUCGAUCAAGAGGACUCUACGACGAUGGCUUCUUUCUAAGCCUCUGGCUUUUGCGUUCUAUCCUCGCUUCCUGUCUCUCCGAGAAGGACCGAUAUCAGUCUCCUUUCCAAGGACCUCUGGAUUUCAUAGCUCAGUGUAGCUCGAAUUCCUCGCUCCCCGUCACCAUUCCACCGUUCGACAUCACGUCGUUCAACACGGACAAACUACAGCCACCAUGCUCUUCUCAACCCCCAUCGUUGCAGCCUCCGGCUCAAAACACUCCGCACUUUCAUCAGGACGACUUUGUAUUGUACCCCAGUCCUCCCAAGACUGUUCGUCAAGCGCGUCACCUUGCUCAGCGUGCGCCCGUCUCCUCCUCGAGUACCCCUAGGACCCAUCCCCAGACUUCUUCGGAUCUGUCCUUACCUUGCACUCAAGAUCCUCAACGGCAUUUGUAUCAUCCACAGCUGCCGAAGAACGUCGUUUUCAGCGGCUCCCUCGUUCAGGAUCCCCGAGUAGCCAAAGUUAUUUCGCAGUCUCAAGGGUUCUCUUCGUCGUCGUCUUCAAACCAGUCCAAUCCUUCUGGUGUGAGGCCCGCAAGUUUCUACGCUGCUUCGGCCCCCUCCAGUUCACCUCGAUCCAAUCGUCCCCCAGUUCCAUUGUUCAACAACAGCGCGGAAAACAUUUCUUAUCAGAACUUGACCAGUCAGCAAUCCUGUCGUCGCAUCAUGUCUACCCCUAGUAUCCCGCAGGGUAAGUGUAUUUUGCUGUCCCCAUAUCACGCAAAUUCUUGCAAGGAUGUAAAAGCCAACGCCACUCCAGAUUUUGCCGAGCUGCUCGACUUCCCUGCCCAUCUUGGUGCAGAGGACUUAAUGUCUUCUGCUGGCACUAUGGAUUUCACUUCCAUCAACAAUUCUCUCAAGUUGACCGACACGGCCACUGUCUCACCCAAGGAUCUGAUGUUGGAUGUUACUUUCCCUCCUUCGACUUCUUUCACAGAUAUCAGUACUCCUUCCUUCGAUUCUCCCGGUUAUUUUAGCCAAAAUACUUCGCCUCUUUUCUUCGCAGAUUCCGAUCUUGCCCCCGGCCACGAGCACUGGGACUCGUUAUUCCCUAAUGACCACUCUUGCUCAACCAUUGAGAAGUCCAACUUGAUCCCUACCUUGCCCAAACCUGUUUCCACUUCGGCGUCUUCCUCUUCACCGGCACUGAAGGGUGAAUCUUCAUCAGAAGGUUCUCCUCGCCCAGGCCGUUCUCAUCUUCGUCAUUCAUCUAUUUCAGGCGUGAAGCCUCGUCAUCGUGAGAAGCCUCUACCACCAAUCGAAUAUGAUCCUAAGGAUACCACUGCUGCCAAGCGUGCCCGCAAUACCGAAGCUGCUCGGAAAUCCCGUGCUCGUAAAGUUGAGCUGCAAAUGCAAAUGGAGGCCAAGAUUGCUGAGCUGGAAGCUUCCCUAGCUGAAUCUCGUAAGCGAGAAGCUUACUGGAAGUCUGUUGCUGAAGCUAGGGAGUGA